CAUCAGCGCCUGCUCCAGUUCGAGCGUCAGGACUGGGAGAUGGCCGACUAGGAGGCAACGUUUCACUUGCUAUUUCGUUGGCAAGAUUGCACUUACUUUAAACAUCUUCGCUAGUCAAGUGGGAAGAGGACGUUUUCAGUAUUCCGCUCCUCUUCCACAAUGGCAGAACAGAACGUCAGAUAUCAAGAGCUGGUGAAUGAGGAGGAGCCGGCCCAGUCAUCCCAGGAGGGUCCUGCUCUGGAUGCACCACCACCCUACAGCAGCGUUGCUGCAGCAAAUGCAGCUUUCUUUGAAUACAAGGAGGAUGGAGGAAGAUUUCCCAACCCUCCAUCCUACAGUGUUGCCACCUCUUUGCCCUCCUAUGAUGAAGCUGAGAGAAGCAAAGAAGAGGCAGCCAUCCCCCUGGUCACUGGAAGAGUCACGGAGGACGACUUCGUGGCCAGGGAUGACUUUGAAGAUGCUGACCAGCUGCGAAUAGGAAAUGAUGGCAUCUUCAUGCUCACUUUUUUCAUGGCAUUCCUCUUCAACUGGAUCGGCUUCUUCUUGUCGUUCUGUUUGACUACGUCAGCUGCUGGCCGAUACGGGGCCAUCUCUGGCUUUGGCCUUUCCCUCAUCAAAUGGGUUCUUAUUGUCAGGUUUUCUACCUACUUUCCUGGUUACUUUGAUGGGCAGUACUGGUUGUGGUGGGUCUUCCUGGCCCUAGGCUUCAUGCUGUUCAUCAGAGGCUUUGUUAACUACUCCAGAGUGCGUAAACUGGCUGAUCCCACCUAUGCCACCCUUCCCCGAACAAGGGUUCUCUUCAUCUAUUAGAGGUAAGGAAGUUGGCUGUGGAAGAACUGCACAUGACUGACACAAGCAGCAGCAACUCUGUGAAGAUUUCAAAUUUCAAGUGAAGACACUUUAACAAGAAAUCGGCCAGACGAGUCAUAGAUGAAGACAACUCUCGAUAAAAUAUUCAGGAAUUAUAUCACUCAUUUUGCUUUGUUUUGAAACUUUAUUAAUGGAAAAUGGUUAACAGUAAUAGUCCCUUGAUGUAUUCAUUAGUGGCGAAUGUGAAGUGCUAUCUGCAUCUUUGUCUGUAAUGUAUAAGUAAUGCCUUAUAUCAUUUGAUGGUAGUAUACAAGCAUGCGUCUGCCCUUAAGGUUUAUAAGUAGGGAGAGUCUCAUGUUGGUGACACCUGAAGCCAACAGGUAUUAAUUAUUACAACACUAUGUAGACUUGCCAUAGCAUGCAACACACUUUGUAGUCUGCACUAAUCUCACUUCACGGUUUUAUUGUGACUAUUAUAAGAUGUUUUUAGAUACCACAUACACCUGAAAAGCUUUCGUUAGGCUGCAAGCGCUGAUACUGACACGGAUUAUACACAUAUUGAAUUCACCUGUUGGCUUUAAGUAGUGUUGCCUUUUUUUUCUUCUUUCUUUUUAAAGCCAGGAGGGGGCAGUGUUGUCUACUGCUUUUAAGGCGUUCGAAACUGCUCAUCAGGGGCAUUGUACCUUCUCGUGAUUCAACCGCAAUGUCAGCAGAGUGUACCAAAUUCCACGCAUGUCAGAAAUUGAACUGAACCUGUGAAAUGUUUUGUUGUACAUUAAAUCAGGUAAAACUUUCCAACCUGGAAGUAGAAUUUAGAUUACACAUAUGAAGUUGUAUGAUUGAGUUUGAGUGCUUAAACACGAACACAGAUGUCAAAGUGACAAAACCCUGGAGCAGCUCAGCUGACAGCGAAGGGCCGCCAGAUUUUUGUGGCAUGAUUAUUAUUAUUUUUUUCCUUCUUUCUUUCUAUGGGCACAUGAGCACAUUUUCUGGUUCACCUCCUUUUUUUUUGAAAAGCUCAUUUAGACGUAACAGUUUGAUGUUUCCAUGACUCUUCAGUGAGUCAGCGGAGACGGUGUCUCAUUCAUUGUCGGUGGAAAAGCUCUGUGAUUAUAGAAAAGAGGCUUGGCUGUCUGGAUCUCAGCUGUUAAUGAUCUCACUUUGACAUUUCAAACGGUGAUCUAUGAGCAUAAAAAUAAACUCCAUUUUCAGGUGGGCUUUUGCCUUAAGAUUUAAUUGACAGAUGGGGGAUGGGAUAUCUGUUUUGGGUUUUUUUUUUAUGUUUGCUAUCAUGUUGGUAUCAAAACUGUGUGAAAGAAUGUUGUAUGCAUGUGCACUUUUAGAAACGUAACCAAUAAAACCCGGAGGGUGUACCCGUGAUUAUUUUAAGUCCCAGACAUAUAAAGCAAGGAAUGAAUGAUGCUGUGGUGUAGGAUUGCAUUUCUGUUUUUUAUCAUCGAGGAAACGGCGUGUCACGAUGAUGCAGUUCGAUCUAACCACUGGUGUCAGUGGAAAGAGCUGAAAACGGUUUUUAGUCUCGAUUAGCAAACUGAACUGUUUGCCUCAUCAGUGAACUUCAUACUUCUGCUAUGGCUUUGUUGCUGACCCAUUAUGCUUACUUCAGUGUGAUGUAGAGCUGCAACCUUGGGGUUUUGUUGACAUGAAACUGUACAGAAACCAUCUAAUGUUAAAUAAAUGUCACUUUUACUGCGCCA